CAACAGGAGGAAACAGAGCAUCUGUUGGGGACUAUUUCCAGCGGCGGAUGAAUCCACAUGUGGUGCUGUAGUGAGUGUUUGGGGCAGCAGGACGGUGUGUGUGGGGCGGAGGCACUGAUCUGAAUGUUUUACUAAUUUUAAUUUACCUGAAGCCUGAUUAAUGUUGUCAUGACAAAGAGCAGAAUUAUUUGUCUAUGAAAAGAUCAAAGCCUUUAUUGUGACGCAUGUGUCAAUAUUUGAAAAAUGAUGAUAAUAAUAAUAAUAAUAAUAGUAAUUUGUGUAAAAUAAUUUGGUAUUGAUUUCAUUUAAACCACCAGCCGUCACGCUGAUCCUGUGGAGCUAUACUGCGCUGUUGCUAGGCAACAGUCUGAGUCUGUGUUUUCUUUAUGAUGUCAGCAAACACUGACAGGAAGUGAAAUCGGAGCCACCUUGAGGGAAACUGAACAGGAUCAGAUUCUGACUGUUCAUGAUGGUGCUUCAUCAGUUGUUUGACGUGGACUGGUCUGGACUCAGCUGGUCUGGACUCUGCUGGUCUGGUUUUAUGAGAUUUCAACACAGAGCUAAUGAAAGAGACAGACGUGUGUGUUAAACUGUGUUUGGAGGGUUAAUGAAGAGGAGAGAGUUCACGGCUGACUGCGAGACGCCAUCUGUCACCGUGUUUUCCACUGAGAGGGAAUCUGAGCUGUGUGUCCUGCUGUGUUCACCUGCUCAGGUGUCUGUUUCAGGCUCAGAUGAAGUGCGUUUGGUUUCAUGUUCAGACAGUGGUCAUCCAGGGAGAAGGCCAGCGGUCGCCCCGAGAGAAGGACUGUGGUCACCCGGGGAGAAGGCCAGUGGUCACCCCGAGAGAAGGACUGUGGUCACCCGGGGAGAAGGCCAGUGGUCGCCUCGAGAGAAGGACUGUGGUCAUCCAGGGAGAAGGCCGGCGGUCGCCCCGAGAGAAGGACUGUGGUCAUCCAGGCAGAAAGACGGCGGUCCCCCGGGGAGAAGGACUGUGGUCGCCCCGAGAGAAGGACGGCGGUCAACCGGGGAGAAGAACGGCGGUCAUCCGGGGAGAAGGACUGCGGUCGCCCCGAGAGAAAGACGGCGGUCGCUGCUAUUAAGAUGGAAGCUCAUUAUGAUGCAAACAUAAGCCACACAAAGAUAUUAUCCACCCCACCCACCAGCUGCCCUGAUGGAGGCACCAUCCGUGCAGUGACGUCACCACCCAAUACAGGCUCUGUUCACCCUGAUAUGAAAACAUCCUCAUACAAAACACAGGCUGUUGUUCAUCAGCAUGUGCAGAAACAUAAAGAUACUGAGAGCUGGUGUGUCUUUAACAAUAAAACAGUAAAACUGAACAACAGUCAUAAAGACAACAUGAAGCUGAAGAGCAGCAUCUUCACCGUGUGACAGAUUUCAUGUUCAGAUGUUUUAUUCUCAGACUCUGAUGAAGGUUUUCCUCUGCAGGAGGUUUUUCGCGUGAGAGAUGGUCGACAUGUAUAUUUUAUUAAAGUAUAGUCGUCUCGUUGUGUUCGCUUCAGUGGAGCAGAAACCUUCCUCUGUCUGCAGCGCUGAGUCAGCAGAGUCCAGCUGGAUCUACGGAGUCUGUGCAGACUGAUCCACCUCCUCAGGUCGAGACCAGGUACGCAAGUCAGGUAGCUCAGUAGGUAAACUGCCCGAUUAAAGCCGAGAAGAGGAAGGGAAGGAAACAAAGACUGACGUGAAGGAAAGCAGGAAGUAAUGAGGGAAAGGAGGUUUAGAAAAGACAUGAUGAGAGGAAAUAGGAUAGCAGGGUAACGUUAAGAAGGAGAGAAGCAAAAGAGGAGGUAAAGGAAAUGAGCAGGAAGUAACAGAAGGAGGUGGUGUGGAGGAAAUAAAAGCAUGGAGGAGGAAGAGAAGGAGGGAAGAGGAAAGUAAGGAGGACAGAAUGAAGCAGUGAUGAAAGGAAAGAGGCGGAGAAAGUCAAGGAAACGGGCAGUAGUGAAGGACAGGAGGAUGAUGUAGAAGGAAGGAGGAAGUACAUUGGUGAAGGAAGGAUAGAAAUGAUGAGGAAAGGAGGAGGAAGUACAUUAUUUUGUCAGAAAGUAACUCUUGAGCCCUCUGCAUGUUUUAUACUUCUGAAGGCUGUUUGUGUUUGACGGGACUGAAGGUGAACAUCGAGGUCGCUUCUGCUUCUGAUUUGAUGUGUUGUUUUUCGUGGAUAAGACUGUUUGUCAUUGGUUGACUUUAUUUCAGAAAACAGACCAAAUGUUGUUCAUGUUUUAUUCAUGCGUUGGACAGAAGUGGUGUGCGAGUGCGUCCUUGACUCGUCCUCGCCGCUUCUGUCUGUGUAACAUUAAGCUUCACGGUGUCUCACAUUCAGAGCUGACGCUGUCAGUGUUGUUAUUAUUUAAUCUGCAAUUAAUCGAUAAAUCAUUUAAGACGAUCUUCUGCUUCUGCGGAGAUGUGGAUCUAAACAGAGGUGCGUUAUGGGUAAUAUCCACAACACAUCGUGUUGCGGCAUCAAGCGAGCUGAUUGGUU